UGUGCACCUGCACAGAGUGGAGGAAAGGGAGAAGGCGGUGUGGAGUUUGGAUGCUGCGUUGGGGCUGAGCUGCCGCGUCUCACUCGAAAUUCAGCACAAGUUCUUCCAUCAAGUUUCACUGAACCACCGGUGGGAUAGUUAGAGCAGAAAUGGAGCUUUGGACAGCCCGGGUCUGCUGCGCACUGUUGAGCCUCUUCGCAGGCUUGACCUCAGGUCUAGACAUCACAUCUUCAGGGCCGACAACCAUCGAGAGUGCCAGCGGACAGAGCGUGAAGCUGGAUUGCCAGUUCACUCUGGCCACAGAGGAUUCAGGACCGCUGGAUAUUGAAUGGAGCCUGCUGGCCUCGGACAACCAGGGAGAUGACCAAUUGAUAAUCAUGUACUCAGGUGACAGGACCUAUGAGGACUACCCCACACCCGUCAAAGGUCGCGUCCACUUCAAUUCAGCCGAUCCCAAGACUGGCGACGCCUCUAUCAACCUUACAGGGCUGAAGUCAUCGGACUCUGGCACCUACCAGUGUAAGGUGAAGAAGGCUCCUGGUGUCCGCAGCAGGAAGAUGCUGCUGAUUGUCAUGGUGAAGCCAUCCAAGCCCAGGUGCUACAUCGAAGGCCACGCAUAUGAGGGCAAAGACAUUGUGCUAAGGUGCACGUCUAAUGAGGGAAGCAAACCCAUGAAAUACUCCUGGGAGAAGACUUCUGACAGCAAACUGCUGCCCGCCUCUUCUGUGUUGGAUCCUGUGGAAGGCUCAGUUAAUGUGAAGAAUGUAUCUGCCAGUGCAUCUGGCAUCUAUCGCUGUGUUGCCAGCAAUCGCAUUGGCUCAGAUGAGUGUGUGCUCGAUCUCAAAGUGACAGCUCCCCCUAACACUGCAGGCAUCGUCGCAGGAUCCAUAAUUGCUGUACUUUUGAUCCUCCUCCUCAUCGCCAUUAUCCUGUUCUGCUGUUGCCGUGCUCGUCAUAGGAAGAAGUACGAGAAGGAAAUCUGCAAUGAGAUAAGAGAGGAUGUGCCACCUCCUAAGAGUCGCGCUUCAACUGCUCGAAGCUUCACCGUGGCCAGCCAGCGCUCCUCACUGGGCUCAAUGUCACCUUCCAACCUGCAUGAGUAUGCCCUGAAGCCCCAGUAUGACAAGAUUCCCUCAUCAGAGGAGUACGACCGGCCUCCGAGCCAGGCCCCUCUGCCUCCGCCCGCUGCUGCCAAGAUGGCUGGGCCCAACCUCAGCCGCAUGGGGGGCAUCCCUGUCAUGGUCCCUGCCCAGGCCAGGGACGGUUCAAUCGUCUAGCACAUUCUCUUCUUGAGAAAGGACUGUGCAAUGAAAGGAUGGAAGGAAGUGGGACAAAACCUGAUGAAGAUGAAGCAAGAGCUGGGAUGGACAGACUCACCUGAUUUUUAGCUCUUCAUUAUUUACAUAUGGGAAUAUUCUCCGCUUAUGAAGACCUGGCUCUGCUGUGUUGCUGAGAAGAGAAUUUGAGUUGUACUGGAAUCACAACAGAGUACAUAAAGUUUUUAUCAAAUGCAAAAACAUACAAAAAAAAAAAAAAACUUUAAAGAAUUUUGUCUCCUGGACUAGUGUCCAGUCCAGGAGACAAAAUUAGUGUCCAAUUAGUGUGAGUAUACAACAGAAUGGUCAAUAAUAAAAUAAGUCUAUUGUACAUAUGCAUGUUUUUUGUUUGUUUUGUAUUUUUUUUUUUGUUUUUUUUAGUAUACAUGGGCCUUGCUGUACAAUUACACUAUAUGUUCAAAACAGAUCCUCGCCCCUAAUUGGCCAGCUGUAUGCAUGCAUGCAUGUGUAUAUAAAAUUACAGCUGUAUGUAUGUGUGUGACUGUAAGUGUGUGUGUAUGUGAAAGGCAGGUUGAAAAAUGUUUCAUUCAUUUACUUUCUUUCAAUAACUUCAUAAUAGUCUGAUCCUCUGUCAGGCGAUCCGGUCUUUACUCGUUUCUGAUGAUAAAUUUUCUGUUUGAAACCUCUUCAGAGACAGGAUGACUCAUUAGGAGGAAAGUCACAGAUCUGAUUUAAUCCCCUGCACCAAGCUGAAAACUGCUUAUGUGGGUCAGCCGUUUUCUGUUGAACCGUUCUUCUGUUGUUUGAAUUGUCCACUGUGGGGCUGGCUGGGGACUUGAGGGGUGACGGGAUUGGCUGGUAGUGAGGGGGAGGUUCAGGCGACCACGUCUUGUGAUUGGGUGUAUUAUUGCUUCUUGAGUGAGCUUAAAAAGGGACUAGCGUCCAUCCCCCCCAACUCUUCUCCAGAAAACUUAGAAGAGGUGCAGAGAAAUAAAGGGAGCAGCUGGACAACAGGGUUCACUGAGCACUCAGCACUGAUUGUGUUUGACUGUCAACAGGCCUUUAACCCCCAAGGACCACCAGGACAUGUAAACUUACCCAAUCACACACACUGUAUUAGCUGGAUAAGAGCACCAAGUCUUAAUUUAUCAUCUGUAGUAUCCCCCACCCCCCCUCAGAGGUACCACAUAUGUAAUCCUCUGUAUUUGCAUUUGCAUUACAAGGAGCCGAUAUCUCGAUUAACCUCGUCUCUGUGGGUAAUAUGGAAUCUUUCAUGGCUUAAUUGGAUAUUUUAAUGAUGUAAAGCAUGGGUGCACGAAGGAAGUUCCCACACAGAGAAACAAAUGUAAUAAUCCUUGAAAUGCUGAAUACCAUUUUUCUGUGUCUACAUUGUAACCGCUUUAAGUUUAUCUUGCAGUCUCUCAGUGCUGGAUCCUGUAAUGCUGGUUCAAUCAGUCAGUUUAAAUUGCCAUAAGUGAGUUGUUGCCACUUUUGGGUUAUUUAAUUCCUGUCCUUCCACUAUUUGGAAGACCAAAAAUCUUAUCUUCUACUUUACAAGAAAGAUGGUAUGAAUAUUAGGGGGCAAAGUGUUUCUUUUCACUCUGACGCCUUAUUCUACUCCUCAUUUUAGCCUUAUACACUUUCCUUCUGUUCACCUCCUCACAGCUCAAUUAUAAUGACUUCUAUUGUGCCUUGUUUUCCCAGUUGAGUUGUGUUGUAGCAUGUCCACCAGUGUACACUGUGCCAUAUGCUGUAACAUCGCCCAGCAUGGCCAUCAGUGCCACGAGAUCAAAGAACAGUAAUUGUUUUGUAUUGUUUUUCUGUUGCCUCGAUUAGGACGUUCCACACCCACUUACCUCAUGCAAUUUCUCCCACAGCUUGCAAAACCUUUAUUACUCUUAUAAACCUUUUAUUUUUCUAUUCCAAAACAUGAUUUAAUGUUUUUUUAAAGCUUCAUUUAAACCUCAGUAAUUAAUGUGCUUUUUAAGAAAAGAGGGGAUUAAAGUAUAAGUGGCUCUGGCUGUAUGUAUAAAUAUUUUUGUCAGUGUCCCUAUCUAAUCACAACACAAUGAAAGAUAUAAAGAUUUAUAUGGAUGUUUAUGUGAUGCUCUGCUGUGCUUGGCAAAUCUAUAUCUGGGAGGGGUUUGUGUGAUACAGAUGCAGUACAGUGAGUGUGCUUCAAGUUUUCGUGUUAUGAAUUUUUAGUAUCUAAGAGGAGGUGACAGCUGUAGAAAUGUCUUGGCCACUGGACUGCAGAUUUGAUGUAAUGCCAUGAAAAGUGAGAUGUGGGCCUGUCUAGACAAAGAAAUUACAUCUGUCAGAUCUACUGAAACACUGCUCUGUAUGUACGUUUGUGUGUGAGUGAGAGAACUAUCAGAUGUAUUGCUGAGGGGAGUGUGUUGUCAGGAUGGGCCCCCUGUAGAAUUCUAUUUAGACCAUUCACCUGCUGGCAAAGUGUACAGAGCUCUCAGAGAGAGACCCUGCUACUGUCCCUCUCUGUGCUCGCAGCAUUAAUGACAACUACUACUACUAACCAUAUUAACUGUAGCUUUGAAAUCAGCCUACUAAUACUGUAUGAAGAUCUACUUUUGAGGUUUGCACAUGUGUGGGAACCGCUUUUCCUUUUUUGUGUGUAUUUUUUGUGCUUUAUUUUUGAAUAAUAAAAGUUCAUGAAAUAAGGAAA